AUGGUUGAGCAAGAGCAGGUAAAGCCCUUUGCCCCCGAUAGCCUUGUCGAUGGAACUGCAGUCGAAAAAGAAACGAUAUCCAAUGGUGAGGUUGAAUUCCUUAACAAUCCAGAGCCUGUAGAUUUCAACCAAGGGAAUUCUAAGGACCGAUCGACCUUCAAAUUUGAUAACGGCACGACGAUGAUUUACUAUGGUGGCAGGAUGGUGGGUGAGGGUAUCCAUUUCAAAGGGAAGGCUAAGCCCAAGCGUACAUUGCGGAGGAACGUUACGGUGGAAAUCGAUCCGGAGAAAUUUCUGGCUGAUCCGGGCUUUGUGAUUGAAAUCAUCAGUUCAAAGGGAUUGAAUAUAAGCAGUUACACCAGAAUCUCAGGCCGGAUAGAUAUUAUGAACAUUAUCAAGAGAAACGUUUUGGUGAAAUUCAAUUGUUCCACCACUUUUAGACUCGCCCACUCCGGCGUAGGCUUUCAUGGAGACAAGUGCAAGCCAGAACUCGAUUUCUAG